UAUGGAUGUCGGGACGAAGGCGAGGCCGCGGCGGCGGGACACGGCGGCGGCCAGCUCAGGAGCUGGUCGCUGUCCAAGCAAGGGAGGGUCUGGCCGGCGCCCACCUCCAGCUCGAGUAAAGGUGGCUGUACGACUUCGGCCAUUUAUGGAUGAAAAAACAGAAACGAACGAACCCCCCUGUGUUCGAGGCAUAGACAGCUGCUCUCUUGAGGUAGCCAACUGGAGGAAUUACCAGGAGACGCUCAAAUAUCAGUUUGAUGCCUUCUAUGGAGAGAAGAGCACUCAGCAGGACAUCUAUCUAGGUUCAGUACAGCCCAUCCUAAAGCACUUGCUGGAAGGGCAGAAUGCCAGUGUGCUUGCCUAUGGGCCUACUGGGGCAGGAAAAACACACACCAUGCUGGGCAGCCCAGAACAACCUGGAGUGAUUCCUAGGGCACUCAUGGACCUUCUGCAGCUUACCAGGGAAGAAAGUGUGGAGGGCCGGCCAUGGGACCUUUCUGUCACUAUGUCCUAUUUAGAGAUCUACCAGGAAAAGGUGUUAGACCUCUUGGAUCCUACGUCAGGAGACCUAGCGAUCCGAGAAGACUGUCGAGGGAACAUCCUGAUUCCAGGCCUCACGCAGAAGCCCAUCACUACCUUCUCUGACUUCGAGCAGCACUUCCUGCCAGCCAGUAGAAAUCGAGUUGUGGGGGCCACCCGGCUUAACCAGCGUUCCUCCCGUAGCCAUGCGGUGCUCCUGGUCAAGGUGGAGCAGCGUGAACGUUUGGCUCCGUUUCUCCAGCGGGAAGGAAAACUGUACCUUAUUGAUUUGGCUGGUUCAGAGGACAACCGUCGCACUGGCAACCAGGGCAUUCGGCUCAAAGAGAGUGGAGCCAUCAACACCUCCCUCUUUGUACUGGGCAAAGUGGUGGAUGCACUGAACCAGGGGCUCCCUCGCAUUCCUUACCGGGACAGCAAACUCACUCGCCUAUUGCAGGACUCUCUGGGUGGCUCAGCUCAUAGCAUCCUCAUUACCAACAUUGCUCCUGAAAAAUGCUUUUACCUGGAUACAAUCUCAGCAUUGAACUUCACUACUAAGUCCAAGGAGGUGAUUAACCGGCCUUUCACCAAUGAGAGUCUACAGCCUCAUGCUUUGGCCCCUGGUAAGCUGUCUCAGAAACAACUGCUGGGCCCAUCAGAGGCAAAGAAAGCCAAAGGCUCUGAAGAAGAAUCGGCUAGGAGCCCUGAGACUGUAGCAGCUCCAGCCUCCGCCUCCCAGAAACUAAGCCUCUUGCAGAAGCUAAGCAAUAUGGAUCCGGCCAUGUUGGAGAACCUCCUGAGUUUGGAUCGUUUGCUGGCCUCCCAGGGGAGCCAAGGAACACCUCUACUGAAUACCCCAAAGCGAGAGCGAAUGGUACUCAUUAAGACAGUAGAGGAAAAGAACUUGGAGAUUGAGAGGCUUAAGAUGAAGCAAAAAGAACUGGAGGCCAAAGUGCUGGCCCAGGAGGCACUGGAUUCAAAGGGGAAAGAGAAUGCUCUGAUGGUUCGCCAGCCUCUUCCCAGGGCCAGCACGAAACCCUUGAAAAAGGCUGUGGUGAUGCCCCUACAACUCAUUCAGAAGCAGGCAGCAUCUUCAAGCACGGAUAUCCACAUUCUGAAGAGAGGCCACAAAAGGAAGCUGGAGCCAUCAAAUGCGUCAGAGGCUGUGGAAAAGGCUGAGGACUGCUGGGAGCUACAGAUCAGCCCAGAGUUACUGGCACAUGGCCGAAAAAAAUUACUGGAUUUGCUAAAUGAAGGUUCGCUUCAGGAUCUGCGCAGCCUGCAUCACAUUGGCCAGAAGAAGGCCCAACUCAUCGUGGGCUGGAGGAAGCUUCAUGGCCCCUAUCGUGAGGUGGAGGACUUGGAACUGGUGGAAGGCAUCUCUGGGAAGCAGGUGGAGUCCUUAUUGAAGGCGAACCUCUUGAGCUUGGCUGCAGCCCAGCACUGAUCCCUCCUGACCACCACCUCUUAAAACACUGCCUUUUUCUUUCAAACCCUUGUAUAAUGACGUGUUGUUUAAAUAUAGUUUUUAUUCCA